GUCGCUUCAGGGCCCGGGCGGCGAGUUCGCGCUGCCUCCACCGCCGCGGGGCCGCUGGGGGUCGCGGGGCCGUGAGAGGAGCGCGCGGCGGCGCGGCCAUGGGGCUCGGCCGAGCCCUGUGACGGCCGGGACCCGAACGGCCCGGGCCCUGAGCGCGUCACCUCCGGGGGGCCUCGCCCUCCUGCUCGCGGGGCCCGGGCUCCUGCUGCCUCUGCUGGCGCUGCUGCUGCUGGCGGCGGCCGCCAGGAUCAUGUCGGGCCGCCGCUGCGCCGGCGGGGGCGCGGCCUGUGGGGGCGCCGCGGCCGAGGCCGUGGAGCCUGCCGCCCGCGAGCUCUUCGAGGCGUGCCGCAACGGGGACGUGGAGCGAGUCAAGAGGCUGGUGACGCCGGAGAAGGUGAACAGCCGCGACACGGCGGGCAGGAAGUCCACCCCGCUUCACUUCGCCGCAGGUUUUGGGAGAAAGGAUGUCGUUGAAUAUUUGCUUCAGAAUGGCGCAAAUGUCCAAGCACGUGAUGAUGGAGGGCUAAUUCCUCUUCAUAAUGCAUGUUCUUUUGGUCAUGCUGAAGUAGUCAAUCUCCUUCUGCGACAUGGUGCAGACCCAAAUGCUCGGGAUAAUUGGAACUAUACGCCUCUCCAUGAAGCUGCAAUUAAAGGAAAGAUUGAUGUUUGUAUUGUGCUCUUACAGCAUGGAGCUGAACCAACCAUCCGAAAUACAGAUGGAAGGACAGCAUUAGAUUUAGCAGACCCAUCCGCCAAAGCAGUGCUAACUGGUGAAUAUAAGAAAGAUGAACUCUUAGAAAGUGCAAGGAGUGGCAAUGAGGAAAAAAUGAUGGCUCUACUUACACCAUUAAAUGUCAACUGCCAUGCAAGUGAUGGCAGAAAGUCAACUCCAUUGCAUUUGGCAGCAGGAUACAACAGAGUAAAGAUUGUACAGCUAUUGUUGCAACAUGGAGCUGAUGUCCAUGCUAAAGAUAAAGGUGAUCUGGUGCCGUUACACAAUGCCUGUUCUUACGGUCAUUAUGAAGUAACUGAACUUCUGGUCAAGCAUGGCGCCUGUGUAAAUGCGAUGGACUUAUGGCAAUUUACUCCUCUUCAUGAGGCAGCUUCUAAGAACAGAGUUGAAGUGUGUUCUCUUCUUUUAAGUUAUGGAGCAGAUCCAACACUGUUAAAUUGUCACAAUAAAAGUGCUAUCGACUUAGCUCCUACACCACAAUUAAAAGAAAGAUUAGCAUAUGAAUUUAAAGGCCACUCAUUGCUUCAGGCUGCGCGGGAAGCUGAUGUUACACGAAUCAAAAAACAUCUCUCUCUGGAAAUGGUGAAUUUCAAGCAUCCUCAGACACAUGAGACAGCAUUGCAUUGUGCUGCUGCAUCUCCAUAUCCCAAAAGAAAGCAAAUAUGUGAACUGCUGCUUAGGAAAGGAGCAAACAUCAAUGAGAAGACUAAAGAAUUCUUGACUCCUCUACACGUGGCAUCAGAGAAAGCACAUAAUGAUGUUGUAGAAGUAGUGGUGAAACAUGAAGCAAAGGUUAAUGCUCUGGAUAAUCUUGGUCAGACUUCUCUGCACAGAGCUGCACAUUGUGGUCAUCUCCAAACCUGCCGCCUACUCCUGAGCUAUGGGUGUGAUCCUAACAUCAUCUCCCUUCAGGGCUUUACGGCAUUACAGAUGGGAAAUGAAAAUGUACAGCAACUUCUUCAAGAGGGUGUCUCAUUGGGUAAUUCGGAGGCAGACAGACAAUUGCUAGAAGCUGCAAAGGCUGGAGAUGUAGAAACUGUAAAAAAAUUGUGUACUGUCCAGAGUGUCAAUUGCAGAGACAUUGAAGGACGUCAGUCUACACCACUUCAUUUUGCUGCUGGCUAUAACAGGGUGUCCGUGGUAGAAUAUCUACUGCAACAUGGAGCUGAUGUACAUGCUAAAGAUAAAGGAGGCCUUGUACCUUUGCAUAAUGCAUGUUCUUAUGGACAUUAUGAAGUUGCAGAACUUCUAGUUAAGCAUGGAGCAGUAGUAAAUGUAGCAGAUUUGUGGAAAUUUACACCUUUACAUGAAGCUGCGGCAAAAGGAAAAUACGAAAUUUGUAAACUUCUGCUUCAGCAUGGUGCAGACCCUACAAAGAAAAACAGAGAUGGAAAUACUCCUCUGGAUCUUGUUAAAGAUGGCGAUACAGAUAUCCAAGAUCUGCUAAGAGGAGAUGCAGCUUUGUUAGAUGCUGCCAAGAAAGGUUGUUUAGCCAGAGUAAAGAAGUUGUCUUCACCUGAUAAUGUAAAUUGCCGUGAUACCCAAGGCAGACACUCAACACCUUUACAUUUAGCAGCUGGUUAUAAUAAUUUAGAAGUUGCAGAGUAUUUGUUACAACAUGGAGCUGAUGUAAAUGCCCAAGACAAAGGAGGACUUAUUCCUUUACAUAAUGCAGCAUCUUAUGGGCAUGUAGAUGUAGCUGCUUUACUAAUAAAGUAUAAUGCAUGUGUCAAUGCCACGGACAAAUGGGCUUUCACACCUUUGCAUGAAGCAGCCCAAAAGGGACGGACACAGCUUUGUGCUUUAUUGUUGGCCCAUGGAGCUGAUCCUACUCUUAAAAAUCAGGAAGGACAAACACCUUUAGAUUUAGUUUCAGCUGAUGACGUCAGUGCUCUCCUGACAGCAGCCAUGCCUCCUUCUGCUCUGCCUUCAUGUUACAAACCUCAAGUGCUCAAUGGUGUGCGAACUCCAGGAACAACCACAGAUACUUUAUCAUCAGGUCCAUCCAGUCCAUCGAGUCUUUCUGCAGCCAGCAGUCUUGACAACUUAUCUGGGAGUUUUUCUGAACUGUCCUCACUAGUCAGUUCAAGUGGAACAGAGGGUGCAUCUGGUUUGGAGAAAAAAGAAGUUCCAGGAGUAGAUUUUAGCAUAACUCAGUUUGUAAGGAAUCUUGGCCUUGAGCACCUAAUGGAUAUAUUUGAGAGAGAACAGAUAACUUUGGAUGUAUUGGUUGAAAUGGGGCACAAGGAACUGAAGGAGAUUGGAAUCAAUGCUUACGGACAUAGACACAAACUAAUUAAGGGAGUUGAAAGACUUAUCUCUGGACAACAAGGUCUUAACCCAUACUUAACUCUGAACACUUCUGGCAGUGGAACAAUUCUUAUUGAUCUGUCUCCUGAUGAUAAAGAGUUUCAAUCUGUAGAGGAAGAGAUGCAAAGUACAGUUCGAGAGCACAGAGAUGGUGGUCACGCAGGCGGAAUCUUCAACAGAUACAAUAUUCUCAAGAUCCAGAAAGUUUGUAACAAGAAACUAUGGGAAAGGUAUACUCAUAGGAGAAAAGAAGUUUCUGAAGAAAACCACAACCAUGCAAAUGAAAGAAUGCUAUUUCAUGGGUCUCCAUUUGUGAAUGCAAUUAUCCAUAAAGGCUUCGAUGAAAGACAUGCCUACAUAGGUGGCAUGUUUGGAGCCGGGAUUUAUUUUGCUGAAAACUCCUCCAAAAGCAAUCAGUAUGUUUAUGGAAUUGGAGGAGGCACUGGAUGUCCAGUUCACAAAGAUAGAUCUUGUUAUAUUUGUCACAGACAGCUGCUCUUUUGCCGAGUGACCUUAGGAAAGUCUUUCCUGCAGUUCAGUGCAAUGAAGAUGGCACAUUCUCCUCCAGGGCAUCACUCAGUCACUGGUCGACCCAGUGUCAACGGCCUAGCAUUAUCUGAGUAUGUUAUUUACAGAGGAGAACAGGCUUAUCCUGAAUAUUUAAUUACUUAUCAGAUUGUAAGGCCUGAAGGUAUGGUUGAUGGAUAAAUACUUGUUUCAGGAAACUGACUCCACUGAACUUAAAAUCAUCUAAGCAGCUGAUGGCCUCUUAAGUUUUACUCCUUUGCUGAGAGAAGUCAUUUUCUUCACACGACUGGCAAAAGGAUAAAAAAUGUGAAAGAAGUUUAACAUUCAGACUUGAUAAAGCUUUAAUAAUGUACAGUGUUUUCUAAAUAUGUCCUGUUUUCAGCACUUUAACAGAUGCCAUUCCAGGUUAAACUGGGUUUGUCUGUACUAAAUUAUAAACAGAAUUAACUUGAACCUUUUAUAUGUUAUGCAUUGAUUCCUCCAGAAACUGUAACCCCCUCGACAGAAUUCAUUUUACUAAUACAGUACUGUGUUUCUUUAAAACACAGCAUUUACACUGAAUACAAUUUCAUUUGUAAAACUGUAAAUAAGAGCUUUUGUACUAGCCCAAUAUUUAUUUACAUUGCUUUGUAAUAUAAAUCUACUGUUUUAGAACAGCAGCGGUUUACAGAUUGUUUUCAUAUGUAUUGCUCAUCUAUAUUUCAUCUUGCAUCAUCAUAAUUGCGUGAUUUUUUGCAUUAGAUUCCAGAUGCUAUGUUGAGUAGUUAUCAGAGACCUGGGCAAUUGGGAAAGAUUCAUUUAUCAGCCCUAAUUUGCUCAUAGAGCAUUAUCUCAUUAGAUUUUUUUCCCAUUUAAGAUCUUAUUUCAUUAAAACUCUGAGAAUUUAAUUAGUGAUAUCUUUGUAUGUAUAAACACAUUCCAAAGAGGUCCAACUAUGAUAGUCCUGGUUGCUAAAGAGGUUUCUUUACUGACCUCAAAAUCUAGGUUUUGCUUUGAAAAUUUUUCUCCUGUCAUUUUCUAAAAAUUAGAGCAAGUACUUAUGUCUUAGAGAAGCUAAAUCCUGCCACUGAAAAUUAUGGUAUUCUUUUCAUGGAAUGUAAAUAGAAAGUUAAAUUUCAGAGAUGGAAAUGGCAAUUCCAAAUAAUUUUCCAGUUUGCUCUGAUUACCUUUAAUCUAAAAAGAAAAAAAUCAGCAAAUGGGAGUGGGUAGAUUUUUGUUGUAAGUACUUUUUCCUGUCCUUUUCUUUUGAAUCUUCUAUGUAGCAGAGGUAAAGUCCACCAGAACCUUAAAAUGAAGGUGUCCAGUAAAACGGUGCUAGGUGCUUCCUACUCCUGGGUUGCUUCCUCUUGGCAUUGCCCCAAUUGUGAUUAUACUUUUAGUUUGUGCACCACAUGAUGACCAGGUUUAUGUUCAGUUUGGCAGCUGUAGAGGGGAAGGCUAGCCCAUAAAAGGCCAUUCCAGACUAUUUCCUAAUGUAAAACUAUCUUUGUGAAAUAUGCUUAACGCAUCUGGGUACAGAGAGAAGUGUUAUAGCUUAACAGUCUCUUUUAUUUGUUAUGGCAAAACUUUUACCUGCCAAUUUGUAAAUGAUGUUCUCCUCCCUGCCGUCCCCCCUGCCCCUUGUACCAGUUCACUUUUGUUUGAUAUUUUAUUCAGGUUCUAGAUUAACUGACCCUUUGCGUAAAGGACUUUGUACAUACAGAACUAGAAAAUUAUGAUUCUUGUUUUGAGUAAGAAUUAAUCAAAGUAAAUACAUAUCUGGAGCUGUUUCUGUGCUAUUAAUGGGGAUCAUUAAAAAAGAGGUCAAUUCCUGACCUUACACUGCUUUUAUAUAGCUCUCAUAAUUGGAAAUAUGAUCCUAAAGUCAUUUAUUGAAACACAAAUGGAGUAUGCCAAAUUUUGUAUGAUCUUUCUGGUUCAGGAAGCUUCCAGUUUUUAUAAUUAGAAGAUAAUGAGAUAAGUUCAUGGAGUUUAUAUUUACAUAUCUUAUCUCUCAACAUUUAGCCCAUAUUACUGUAUGAGUGAAUCUGGAAUUGCUUAUCAUGUAAAGCCAUCAUGGUCUAUGAGUUUAUGAUAUUGCAGCCUAUGUUGUUCCAUCUAAUUCAUCGCUUAGUGUGUUUUUUUUUCUAUGAAUAAUUGUGAUCAAUAUGUUAGCAUGACAGUGUUUUCAGAUAGUUUUUUUUGGGGGGGGA